AUGGACGACAAUAAAUUGCCCAUGAAGUCCGGGUCUCCCGGCCAGGGUUUGAUGCACGCCCCUGGUGCAUUCGGCUUUGACGCCAACUACAUUAAGCACAUGCAGGGUCCCUCGGCGAGGCGGCCUCAGGAUGUGAACGUGCAGAUGCCCCGCUUUGCGCAGCAAGGGCAAGGCAUGGUGAACAACGAUGCUGGAGCUUUCGAGAGCCUAGCGUCACAUCCAGGCCUCCGGGUCCAGCUCCCAUCGCACGAUCAGCUGUCCCCGCCCGCGGCCGGCAAGUUCGAGGAGGGCAGGAACCCUCAGCUGAUGUUGCCGGGCGACCACGACGGCGCCCCGAUGGUUAAGCAGCAGAUACGGUUCCCGCCGCAGGUGAAUUUCAACAGCGCGUUUGCCCCCAACAUGAUGAACUACGGGGUGGUGGCAGUGUCGCCCAUGAUCAGGUUUCCCGCUGCCAAGCAGAGCAUGGAGCACUUUUACCCACAUAUGGACGCCGAAGUCAAACAGAUGGAUCCUGCGCUCUCGUUGUCGCAGGUCACGAAGCAGCAGGUCCCCCCGCCACUGGUGAAGCCGCAGAUGCCGCCGGCCAACGGCAACGUAGGCGCGCUGGACAAGUACCAGCAGCAGCUGAGCAUUAAGGAGGAGCCCGUGCCCGCUGUGAGCUACCACGACUGCAACGGCGGCGUCGUGUACGACAAGGGGCCAUUUUCGCAGGGGGGUCGGUGGCUGGUGUUCUGGGAGUGCCGCGGCCGCAUGUGGAGGAGGUCCUUCCUAGUGAAAGUCUAUGGCAAAGACGGCUCUAAGGAGCUCGCGGAGCAGUUCUGGGUCACUAAGAUGCGGUCGAUGCAGCUGUACAAGGCCAACCAGCAAACCGCCCCGCCUGCCGAGGUGGACAUGUGGACUGGAACGGGUCAGCGGCUGAACAAGCCAAAGAAGCGUGCCACGAGCACGCCCCCGCCCUCUGCAGACGCGGUGGCCGGCGUCGACAACGCAGCAGAGCAGCAGCUGCCUCAGGAAGACAACGAGGUGUUCUGGGAUGCCGACAGCAACAGUUGGUGCUUCGAGUGCUUGGACACUGCGACCAACACCAUCACCCUGAAGCGUCUGCCCGUCUCGGACUCCGCGCAGAUGGAAGACGUGAAGAAGGAAGCCAUCCAACAGCGAGUCGACCACUGGCGCGACGUGGUCAAGGCCUACACGGAGACCGAGUACUGCGGCCACAGCUACGAGAGGACGCGCACCUGCUGGAGAGUGUCGCACUGGGUGCCGUCCAAGGGGAUCAACCGCAACCGCUACUUCAACAUAUCGAAAUACGGGUACCUGGAUGCCAAGGACAAGUCCCGGAUGUACCGUCUAAUGGUGCACGACCUCGGUGGCGAGGAGCCGGAAUCCUUCCCGUUCGACGCGGUGCCGCCUCCCGAGUUCUUCGAGGACCCGGUCACCAAGUUCUACCACCGCAUACUGUACUCUAUGCGCGGUAAGGACCGUGGGUGGACCGCAGAUUCCAAACAGAUGCCGCUUUAA